CUUCCUGCACAGAAUCACUCGCAAAACACAAAACCCUCGUUUUGCAUAUGAUUUUUCAUCUUCUCUUCUCUCACACAGGGGAACCCUCUCGGCCUCAACUCUCUCCUCUGCCGCCCAUCGACGCUUGCUACUCUUUUGACUAAUGACUUGCCGGUUGAGUUAGUAUAAGGCUCUUGAACUAAGGAGGUUUAAUUGCAGUUUCUGGCUACUAUUUUGUUGAAAUUGGAUGACACUCGACAACCAAUGACAAGGGGAAAAUCAUUCACGUUGGAUCAAGAUGUUGCUGUUUGCAAUGCUCGGUUAAGUGUCUCUCAGGAUCUGCUCAAUGUUGUUCCGCAAUCAAAAUGUAUUUCCUGGGAUCGAAUAUACCAAAAAUAUGUUGAGAUAACUGGUGAUCAAAAUGAGCGAUCACGAUGUUCUGUCCAGUCUAGGUGGAAAAUAAUUCUUGGAAGUUGCAAUCAGUUUCAUGAAUGUCUUACCAAAAUAGAAGAGAAACAAAGUGGAUUGACAGAAUCUAACAAGGUUCUUCAAGCAAAUAUAUUGUACUUGAAGCUUGAGAAGAAACGUUUUGCAUUCAAUCAUUGCUGGGAAAUUUUGCAGCAUAGCAUCAAAUGGAGAGGUUUGACACCGGCAAAGAGGUCUGAUAUUGAUACUAUGGUUACAGACUGGUAUGAUCCUCCUAUUGUGGCUGCAAACCUGAACAUCACUUCCUCACCGACAAGGUCUGGUACUCGUACUAUGGCAACAGACACAAAUGUUGAUUCCUCACCCAAGAGGUCAGAUCCUCCUACUGUUGCUGCAAACUUGAACAUCAAUUCCUCACCGAAGAGGUCUGAUCCUCAUUCUAUUGCGACAAACCCGAACAAUGAUUCCUCAUUCUCUUCACAAUCAAAGGAGUCUGACACUCUCGUCUCACAUGACACUGACAAAGAUCCAUAUUAUACAGCUGAAUUUCUUAAAAGGAAACGAUCCAGAAGAAGAGCUGAAAAGGAAGCAUGCAAAAGAAGCAAGGUAGUAGAAACUUUGGAUUCUCGUUUAUGUGACGUGAUGGAGAAGCUUACCAAACAAUUGGCCGAAACAGAUGACAGAAAGGCGAAAAUUGCAGAAAGAAAGGUAAAGGUGAUGGAGGAAGCAAAUGAAAGGGAGCAAAGAGAGCAUGAUGACCGAAUUAUGAGUAUGGACACCACCAACAUGGAGCCACGUGCAAGAGCUUACUACGAGCAGCGAAAGAAUGAUGUUUAUUUCAAAACUAUGGCACACAGUAAAGACUCUUCCAAUAUGGAUCUGCACACAAUAGCUCACUACGAUCGUAGUGAUAUUUAUACGAAAAUGAUGGCACACGAUUCAUAAUAUGAACAUUGUUCUUAUGAAUCAUGUUCUCCGUGACAAUGUAUCUUGAAUUAUGAAUGAAUCAUGUUAACUAUUUUGCUGAGCA